ACGUCAUAAGAAUGUGGCUGUGAGCUCAAGCUUCUCUGGCCGGGACUCAAAUCCUGCGAGGAAGAACGUGAGGACCUCGACUCCCUCAACCUCUGUCACAGAUCCCCCUGGCGCGUGUCCACGCAUGGGAUCCGCUAUUUAAACGGGGACUCGGCUGACAAACCCGUUACAAUCCAGAGAGACUCGAAUAAAACGCGUGAAACGGGCUGACGCGCUCCAGGGUGAAACAUCCCGGUAAUUCAAUUCAUGUUACUGUCGUAAUGGAGUUGGUUCACAACGCCUCUGCGGUUUCAUCGCAGCAGACCAACAGAAUCCCCUUGCCCGGUGCAAGCGACAAUAAUGCGUACCUGUACAUCGUCAUUGUAGUGUCCUUCUACGGAGUCUUCCUCAUUGGGAUCAUGCUCGGUUACCUGCGCACCAAACGGCGCGAGAAGAGGCGCACGAACGCGUUUACACGGCUUCUGCACGAAGAGGAGCAGCGCGAGUGGGGCGCGAGCCAGAAGAAGCACAGUUUCAGCCUGCCCGCAUUUCCCGCCCUGCGCUCCACGCCGGUACCGUUCAUGCUGACUACCGGCCGCGCGCCUCUAGCAUGCGCGCUGUGCUCGGUGGAGCAGAGCAGCGUGAGCUCCCUCAGCUCGGUCACAGAUGUGCGCUUCGCCAUAGAAGAGGAGUCGGACAGCGGCGGACCCGAGGAGCCACAGAAAACGGGCACAGGAUCGGACCACAACAGAGACGGAUCGUCCGGGGAAAACCUCAAAGUAGCACUCUGAGGUUCCCGCUGUAAAACGUUACUAUGGCAACCACAGUUCCCGCCAAGAUGCAGUAAUUACCACAGUUUACGUUACUACAAAUAAAACGGUUUGAAAUUGGUUCUAGCCACCAUUGUAAUACAAAAAUAAAUUAAAUAACGUUACUGAAAGUUUCCUGUAGUUUUAAGAAAAUCCUGUGUUACUUUAUUCUUGUUACAGUAGUAAAUAACUGUAGUAACGUGGCAGGAACUGGUUUCCGUUAAAAGAUUAUUAUACUUUCAAAUGAAAAUUACCCCGACCUUUACUCACCCUCAAGCCGAAGGUGUAUAUGACUUUGUUCUUUCUGAUGAACACAAUCGGAGAAAUAUUAAUAAAUAUCCUGACGCAUCCGAGCUUUAUAAUGAAAGUGAGCGGGAUCAACGAGUAUGAGCUGAAGAAAGUGUCUCCAUCCACAUCCAUCCAUCAUAAACAUACUCCACACGGCUCCGGGGGGUUAAUAAAGGCCUUCUGAAGCGAAGCGAUGCGUUUGUGUAAAAAAAAUAUCCAUAUUUAACAAGUUGUGAAGUAAAAUAUCUAGCUUCCACCAGACUGCCUUCCGGAAAAAAACGGAACUGGCAUUGCGUCAGUUAAGCUUUUUCCGUAAGUUGAAUAGGGAAGGCGUAGGACGUAGCGUAAGCUUUUUGAUCAGUGAGAGUUUUACACUUUCUUCCUAACUUGAAUACGGAAGGCGGUCUGGUGGAAGCUAAAUAUUUUACUUGUUAAAUAUGGUUAUUUUUUUUACACAAACACAUCGCUUCACUUCAGAAGGCCUUUAUUAACCCCCAGAGCCGUGUGGAGUAUGAUUAUGAUGGUUCUUCAGCUCAUACUCUUUGGUAUCGCUCACUGCCAUUAUAAAGCUCGGAUGCGUCAGGAUAUUUAUUAAUAUAUAUCUGAUUGUGCUCAUCAGAAAGAAGAAAGUCAUAUAAACCUAGGAUGGCUUGAGGGUGAAUAGAGCUUGGGGUAAUUUUCAUUUGAAAGUGAGCUAAGGCUCCACGGCAAGUUCUCCAAAGUGCCUUGGCAGCAAGUACGAACUCUUACGCCAGAAACAUACUUUUACACAAAUAAAAAAGCGUUUGGCCAACGCAUUGCUUACGCACGUUCCGUUGUACAUAAUUAAGCUGUGCACUUUUGCAUUUCUGUGGUAGUGGUUCUAAACUUUACUACUCUUUGUUGCAUUGUCAGCUUGUUGCUCAUGUCACUGGCAACUCUCAUUGAAAAUAUCGACACAUAAUCGACUUUAGCUAAGUGGCUCAGCAAAAUUAUCUUCAAGCAGUAGUUGGCCAGAAAAAGGAAAUUAACUGCAGAAAGAGACUGAUCACGCUAAUUGUCCUAUAGCGCCCCUAUCGGCAACACUGAAUUCAACACAUACUUGCGAUACAAAUUGAAUUUGACUCGAUUUGAUCUUGGAAUACAAUCACGCAGGAAAUUGAACUUGUGUUACAAGAAGCGUGUAUUUGUGUAAAGUAUGUUUCAGGCCUUAAACGCGAUGUAACGACUGCGAACAUUGCGAUAAACCUGGAAUCACUUGAAAAAAGAACUUUUUAAAAUCAUUUUACUUACUAAAGGCCUAUAUCCACACGGAUGUGUAAAAUGAUUUAAAAAUGUUAACAUUAAUAUGAAAAAUGAUCUGUAUAUAUUGUUCUACAUUCAUUGAUAUGUCUAUUUAAAUUUUACCUUAUUUUGAUGUGUUACUUUGUGUAAACUAAAUAAAAUGUUCCUAAAUGUGAA